UCCGGGACCGCAUGGCUGAGCGAUUUUACACUGGCCGUCGAUGCUUGUUGUUCGUGGUGUGUUUUCCUUUUUCCUCCCCCUUGGUGUCGUCGCUUCUCCAUUUCACGCUACACAGGCGCGCGCGCGCGCGCACACACACACACACACGCCGUGCUUAUUCUUUUAUUUCGUUUUUCGCGCGGACGUCGGGAACCCAGCGAUGGUGCAGCGUCGUUGUUAGCUCGCUGCGGGGCAUAUACCCCAGCUUAAACACACACACACACACACACACCAUCAUGUGACGUGGACGCGUGCGAACACACACACGCGCGCGCGAGAUACGGCUAUGUAAAGAUCUCCAUCGCUAAACCCGCAGGUCCUCGUAGACCGGCUGGGAAAGACUCGGGCGGAAUCGGGAAUCUCACGCCAGUUAUGCAAUUUAAUCGUGUUGUGCGGAAACUGAAAAUGACGUACGCACGGUUCCUACGUAAGCGCCUGUUUAUUUGGAGCGCCUUACGCAAACAACGUAGCGCCGAGGGAUGCGCGUAGCCUACUGCCUGAUUGUGUCUCCUGCACAGUGUAUUACAGCCAGAGAUCAUCCUAGAAGGCGAGAUAUGAACCCACACAGCCAGUGGUUCCACCAUCACAGCUGGCAUGACUGUCCUACUACAGGAAACACUGCUGGACUAUCUGCCGGCUGCUAAGGCAGCAGGCCUUAGUGGUACUCUCUCCCAUCAUAGCCGUGGUCUGUCAUCCCCACUGAGUCUAGGGGUGUUUUGGAAAACAUCAGCAUUUCCAAGUGUUUGUGUGAACGUUAAGGACCUCUGAUCUUGGGGGGCUCUUAGAUGAGUGUGGCUGCCCAUGGCUUGCGUCCAUGAGCAGUGUGCCCCCUCCCCCUCCCUUUCGGGAUUCAACACCCCAAUUUCUGAGACCCCAUAUCGCCGGCCAGACUCUGAUGUAACUGCUUGCACCCCUGAUACUGAACUAACCCCCACACAGUGUGUUCUCCGCAAUGUACUGUCGAUCGAUCCUGUCGGUGACGGGAGCACCACCCACACGCAAGGCAACAGCCCCACCCCUAGUGACGAGCCUGCCCAGUUCUCCAACAGCGUGCUGAAGCUGCAGGAGGGUGGAGCCGAGGGAGGAGCAGUGCGCAGUCAAUCAGACAGCUUCAGAUUGCAGGCGGGAGGCGGGGGUUUUCUGGAGGGAUUAUUUGGAUGCUUAAAGCCAGUGUGGACCAUGAUUGGCAAAGCCUACUCCACAGAAAACAAACAGAGCCAAGAGGAAUCCUGGGAGGUGCCAUUUGAGGAGAUCUCGGAGCUACAGUGGGUGGGGAGCGGGGCGCAGGGAGCAGUCUUCCUGGGCAAGUUCCAUGGUGAAGAGGUGGCUGUGAAGAAAGUGAGAGACAUAAAAGAAACUGAAAUCAAACACCUGCGCAAGCUAAAGCACCCCAACAUCAUCACAUUCAAGGGUGUAUGCACACAAGCUCCAUGUUACUGCAUUAUCAUGGAGUACUGUGCACAGGGGCAGCUCUAUGAGGUCUUGCGAGCAGGGAGAAAGAUCACACCCUCACUGUUGGUUGACUGGGCCAUGGGCAUCGCAGGGGGAAUGAACUACCUCCACCUGCACAAGAUCAUUCACCGAGACCUCAAAUCGCCCAAUAUGCUGAUCACCCAUGAUGACCUGGUCAAGAUCUCAGAUUUUGGCACGUCGAAAGAGUUGCGGGAUAAGAGCACAAAAAUGUCCUUCGCUGGAACCGUGGCCUGGAUGGCACCAGAAGUCAUACGAAACGAACCCGUGUCAGAGAAAGUGGAUAUCUGGUCAUUUGGUGUGGUUCUCUGGGAGAUGCUCACAGGUGAAAUCCCCUACAAAGACGUGGACUCCUCUGCUAUCAUCUGGGGUGUGGGCAACAAUAGCCUGCAGUUACCCCUACCUGAAAGCUGCCCUGAUGGCUUCAAGAUCCUCCUCAAACAAUGCUGGAACUGCAAGCCCAGAAACAGGCCGUCAUUCAGACAGAUUCUGCUGCACCUGGACAUAGCCUCAGCAGAUGUCCUGUCCACCCCACAGGAGACCUACUUCAAAUCACAGGCCGAGUGGCGUGAAGAGGUGAAACAGCACUUUGAGAAGAUCAAGUCAGAGGGAACAUGUCUGCACCGACUGGACGAAGAGCUCAUUAACCGCCGCCGUGAGGAGCUCAGGCAUGCCUUGGACAUCAGAGAGCAUUACGAGAGGAAGCUGGAAAGAGCCAACAACCUUUACAUGGAGCUGAACGCCGUCAUGCUCCAACUAGAGCUGAAAGAGAAAGAGCUGCUCAGGAGGGAACAAUGCCUGGACAAGAAAUAUCCUGGACUGUUUAAACACCACCCCUCAAACACAGUGGACAAACUCAUUAAAAAGAGGAAUGUACCCCAGAAGCUGCCCUCUCAUGGCAAGAGACCUGACCUCCUAAGGUCAGAGGUUAUUCUCCCUAAAAUGGACCCAGGCGUGCUGCAGGUGACGGUUCCGUCUUGCCCUAAUCGAAGCUCUACAUCUCCAAGCCGUGCUCGCAGGGUUAAAACUCGCCAUCGUAGGGGUGGCCGAGGCAGCAGCGGUGACCUCUCAGGACCCAAACACCCCACUGGUGCCUCCAGCAGAGAAAGAGAGGCGCCCACGUCCACCACGGCAGCUCCCAGUGGGACUCCUACUACUGACCAAGGUGCAGGGACUGCUUCAAGAGGAGGUCAGCUGGACACUCCACCUCUAAAACUCUCCUCCUCCAGUCCAGACCUGCUGUGCUCCACUCAUGGGGCCGAGGGUGGAGCCAGUGGUGGGACUGGCAGUCUAAGUGAAGGUCUAGGAGGCGGAGCCAGAGGCACGACCGAAGCAGGGGCAGGAGUGGACGAGACUCCACCGCGAAGUGACACGGCCAGCGAGGAUGCAGCGUCGCUCCCUUUCUCAAGUAGCCCCGAUUCACCCUGUGGAAGGGGUGUGGCAGUUGGCCGAGGGGAGGAGAGAGAGGAAGGAGCAGGGUCAGUGCGAUUACCAAGAGGAGCCAGUGGCAGUCAUCUAACUCCAUCAGCUAUACUCUACAGGGCAGCUAUCACACGCAAACAGCGCCGUGGUGUGUCUUCAGAGGAAGAAGAAGGAGAAGUGGAUAGUGAAGUGGAAUUACCAAGGAGACGACGGCCCACCAGUAUAACGAAGUGCCAGUCAGUGUCCACCUUCAGCUCGGAGAACCUGUCAGUCUCCGAUGGAGAAGAGGGACACACUACUGACCAUUCUCAUAGCGGUACACCAGAUGUGGUCAGCACUAAUACGGAUGAGCGGCUAGACGAUCGCAGUGAUGACCUCAUCUCACAGGGCUCUGAAAUCCCCGCUGAUAUCACCGACCCUGCCCUGUCUGAGAAAGAGGCUGCCGCCCUUGAACAAGAAAGAGCUAACUUUGACCUGGAACAAAACAUCUUAGAGACACGUGCAUUGUGUGAGGAUUCAGACUGUGACAGCGCCGAACUCGACCAGUCAGGGAGCGGAGAACCAAGUCGCCCCCCGAGUGCAGGAGGCUGGGGUCAGGGUCCUCAGAACUAACACACACAGAUGCUCACACACAGCUCUGUGCAUUUGUACAUAAUGUAUAUAUGUUCACUAAAACACCUACAGGAUGCCAGCACACUCACUCCUAUGUAGUGUCACUGAAACACCUGAUACACCACAUGCAUACAGACACACAAACACACAUACACUUCCACUAUGAAACACCCUACCUUUGGGCCUGUAACACAAACUGGUGAUGUAGAAUCAAUAUUUAAAAAAGCAACUAUUAGCCACUUUAAGAACAACACACCUUCAGAACUUGGUUAAAAUUAUACUGAAAUUCCAAAGACCAGGGCCCCAUCCUUUAUAAAUGGCUCUCACAUUAACUGAACACAAAUCUAGUUGUUUGGUUCCUCAAAGGAAGUUCAAGGUUGGACGUAUACCUGCUGCAGUACAGGGUAACUUAAAGAAACUUACCAUAAAACCUAACAGGAAGCCGAUUAGUAAUUACACUUACUUUUAACUCUAAUUUUAACAACUAAAUGUGGAUAAAAUCUUAUCUGUUACAAUCCAUACACAAGUCACUUUAGGCCUGUCACGAUCAUAACAUUUUAGCUGAAGAUAAGUCAAUUUAUAUAAAUGUAUAUUUAAAUUUAUGUUCUCAAUAUUUUGAUUUGCUAUGUUGAAAUAAUGAUUUGAAUAAUAAUAACUCAUUAUUUCACCAUUCUAAGUGACACAUUUAGAGAAUGAGUCACUGUUUUUACAAAAUAAGUAAUUGUUUUGACACACUAAAUCCAAAUUGAUCCAACUACCACAAAACAAGUUUAUUUUGAGGUGAAAGAGCAAAAAUAAGUCAAAAUAUGAACAUUCGAAUUCUUACAUUAUAUGAUGGCCGUGUUAAUGAGACUUGAUCACUUGAGGUCAUUCCACCCACCAUUACUCUACACUGGUAGUUCUCAAAGCAGUCCUAAAAGACCCUCAAACAAUCCAGUUUUUUGCUCCAACUUAAAUUGCAACAUCUUGGGUCCGACAAUGUGCAUCAUCUAGCAGUCCCUGUGGACCAGCGCUCCACACCUGUAAGACCGGCUGCGGAAAAGCAGCACAAAAUGCCCGUUUCAGCUUUAACCUGCCUUUGAGGAAUUAAGUAUACAUGACUCAACAUUUGCCAUUAUAUGGAGUAUGAUAAUUAUACACAAGUUUUACUAAUAUCAUUGGUUUCCAACUGCAGUCCCCUGCUCCGCACAUUUUGGUGUUUUUCCCGCUCUCGAUACACCUGAUCCAACCAAUCAGCUUUUUAACAAACCCUUCCUGAGUUGUGUUGGGUGUGUUAAAGCAGGAAAAACACUAAAAUACGUAGGACAGGAAGUAGUCCAGACCCAGGAUUGGGAACCCGGUAGCUUAUAUAGAGUCUAUGAAGAAUGGGGCCCAGGAAAAUGCCACGGAAAAAUACAAAGAUUUAGGCCUCUUCACCCUUUUUUUUUCUUUAAAAACAAUAACCACUAUUUAGAAAAGAUAUAAAAAAAGUUUGUUAAAAUAUUCAAAAUUGGCAGAUUAGGAUUAAUCAAUGCCAUGUGGGUAUUGACAUCUGCCCAAUUAUUCAGAAUGCUGAAAAUUUGUUGGGAAAAUGGAAUGCAAGAAUGCAAGCAUGAACUAGAUCAAUGUAUUUAAACCAACUGAAGUGACGUUUCAAUGUCAUUUUUAGAAUCUUAAGACCGUAACUUAGAAGCAACAUUGAAGUACUAUUCCAAUAUUCUCCAUCUUCCUCUUGCCUCCUGACUAUCCUUAGUUUUUGUUUCUUUAAUAGGGACAUGCAAUAUGUACAUUACAAAUAUUCUGAAAACAACACUUUUAUUUUCUGUAUUUUCUGUAAAAAAAAAAAAAAAAAAGCAUAGCAAAACAAAACAAAAACAACUAAUUUUUUGAUGUAUGACAAUUUUAACUUGAAAAUUCUGAGUUGAAGAGGUGUAAAGAACAAAAUGCAUGAAGUAUGUUUGUAUGCAUUUUAAUUUUGGAUUCAUUGUUUUUAUAAAUCUAAAAACAAAUGUUUGCACUUUUUUUUACCUUGAAUGUGUGUGGAAAAUGUUGUGUUGCUUGUAGGCACUUUACAAUAGGAUGUUUAUGUCCACUAACCUAUCACCUUCUCAUGACACUGAAAUUGUUGUGUUCAGUGGAAAAUGGGCUUGGAUCAGGAACGAGGGAUCGGGGUCAUGGAAGGCCAGAAUGUGUGCAGCUUUUUACAGUGUCUUUUUGAAUAGAAGAAAUCAGAAAUUAGAGGCAUAACAACACAAGGGGAUUGUCAUGGCAUGCUUUAGAAGUGAGUUAUAGAGGGAAUAUCAUCUACCAGUCUACCUCCUGGACAUCUACCUUCCUGCAGAGUUCAGUUCCAAGCCAAAUCUAACACAUUCAGUUGUGCUAAUCAACAUCUCCCGAAGAUGCAGGGAUAGUAACAGGGUUAGGGUUGGAACUAAAUUGUAUAGAGUACUUUGCAAAAGUCAGAGACCACCUUGUCAUUUGUUUUGAGUCAAAAUUGCCAUUAAGCUAAAGUGAAUCAUUUUUCAUGAGAUAUUUCUCAGGAGAUGUAAGAAAAUCCUGCUCUCAUAUGGAAGGGAAACAUCAAAGGAAAAUGCGUGGAAAAACAGGAGUUUCCAAAACUGGAGUUGAUUGAAUGAAAAGAUGUAGAGAAAAUAAUAAAUGACAGUAUAAUAAAUAAGACAACCAUGCAAGGCCUGGUAGAUCACCAAAACUGCCCCAUCGCAUAAACAGUACAUAAAGCUGAAUGUGCUUCCUUGGAUCACAAGAGGCAGAAAAUGCAACCAACUUCUAAGACUGAACUUUGGAGGUAUGAAAAAACACCACUCUUUGAAAAACUAAAAACAAGUCUCCCAAAAAGAAUGGAAACUUUAAUGCAGGCAAAGAGUGGACACGCUAAAUACUAAAAAGUUUCAUAUUACAUUAUUUGUUGAGGCUUGUGUGUCAUUUUCUGUUAAAUAUAUGUUUUUUCCUGAUGCGGAAAAAUGACAAACUUUUACAUAUUGGCUGUUUUGACUGGAAAUGAAAUAGAUAAAGACUAGCCACUGACUUUUACAUGAUACUGAAGAUCAGUAGAUCUCUGGAAGGAGACACUGACAAACACAACUGUGGGCAGUGCAUUCCAUACAUGGUGACUCCCAGGUCAAUUUUAAAAAAUUACACGAAAAAUACGUCUCAAUUUGAUCAUACUUGUUAUGCUGGAUCAGACCAUCACGUCUUCUGCCAGUUUUUUGUAGCACAAGACAUGAUUAUAUUUCUCUGAUUCUCAUAGCUUAUAAACAAGGCAUAACUGGAUGCCUCUUACCCACAUGGGAACUCUGACUGAUUGACUGAUGUACUAUGUACACCCUAUAUACACAUAGAGCUGAGCUGCUUUCACAUACAAAUACAUUUAUUGUCUAGUUAACUCUGGAUCCCCCAUAUUUCUGAGAUUUUUUUUUAAUAUGACCAUCUCAAAUCUGGUCCUGAAUAACACUGCUAUGUUAAAAGUCUAAUACAUAGUCCAGUGUAGGUCAUAACUAGACUUCAGAUGAUACUCUAUAUGGGCUAUUUGAAAUGGUAGGGGUGCAGAAGCAUAAUCUAAAGAGUUCAGUGUACCUAUUUGUCGUCCCACAAGUUUGUCUUUCCACAGUAAUCGUGUUCAAAUAAGACACAUAUUGACUGAUGUAUGUGUAUAGCUGAAUUAUUUAAGCGGCAUUAUGGAUGUAAAUGCAGAUAUAUAUUGUUAAGUCACUUUGAGGCAGUUUUUGGGCACUGGUUAUACGUAGUCUUGAAUUUAUUACAAAAAAAAAAGGCUUUUACUGGGUCGUUUAGUCCAAGUUAAGGACUUAAAUCUCCUUCCAGAAAACUAGGCCAGUGUAUACUGUAGAAUGGUAUCGGUGGCAUUAUGGGAUUAUCCCUUUUCGUGACAUUCCAACAUAUUGUACUAUUGAAAAUGAACAUCGGCCAACAGUGAAAGCUUGUAAUGAUUGCUCACUACCUCACACCCUAAAAUUCUUGAUUCCAGCCAAAUCCUAUGUUGCCUAACACAACUGCAGGUUGAAAUCAAUGGUAAAAUCUUGCCAUUAAUGGAUCUACAUAAAGCUACAUAAUGCUUAUUUCUGUUCCAAAAAAAAACAAUGUGGAAUCUCUGAAAUUAUGCCAGAUUUCAGGAAAAAAAGUGUUUUGAAGAGCAUGGAUGUACAAGCUUUUGCCCAA